GUAUAAUUUCGAACAUCGUUCGUUUUUUCGCUCCUCGUGGCGCUUCAGUCUCAGUAGCAAGUCAGCAACCCCCAGAUCUGUUACGAUCCACUUGUACAUCAUACAGGGAAGUCCACGAAUCCCCGACCGGACGCAUAUUAGACAACCGUUAUUCUGCAUUCCACUAUGGUUGGAUGUGACUUGGACAAGGCAAAUGGUGAUGAUGAUGUAAAGUUUCACUCAGAGGAAAAACCUUUCCUUGAUAAAAAUGUCAGCAACAAAAGGGCUUAUGGAUGUCUAUUAACACGGGAAGACUUAAUUCGUUUAGACGCCGAAGAGCCCGUUUGGCGACGAGUUCGCAUAAUCCUGCUUGCAGUGUUUUGGAUUCUGUGGAUCGGUUUAUUAGCUGCUUCUAUAACCGUGAUCAUUCUCACUCCGAGUUGUCCUCCCGUUCCAAAGCUGUCUUUCUGGCAGUCAAAAGUUGGGUACUGGGUUGAUCCAUUCGCUUUUGUGGACUCCGGACGUGACUUGAUUGGUGAUCUAAAAGGUCUCACUAGUAGAAUGGACUACAUUAAAGAUACUGUCGGAGCCGGAUUCAUUAUUCUUGACUCUUUUGUCUCUGGACAGUUCACGAACGAGCAGAAAACUCUUGGCCUGGUUGAUGAUUUUUGGAAGAUAGAUACUGCUCUAGGGACACUGGAGGAUUUUCGCUCCAUGAUCAAGUCCUGUCACAGAAACGGCCUCGAAGUUGUCGUUUCCCUGGAUUUUAAUGCUAUUUCUGUUUCACAUCCGUGGACGAAGCAAUCCUCUCUUUUGCAGAAACCGGUAUCAAAUAAUCUGUAUUCCCGCUCCGGAUCAGCUCCGUCCGUCAACAUUGGAGGCGUUGACUAUUAUUCUGUUGGCGACGAACAUUCGGUCGACUUGGAUUUAACUUCGGCAGAAGUUGUUGAACGACUCAAGAAAGUAGUGGAUUUUUGGCUGAAAGAAGGUGCAGAUGGCAUCAUGCUUACGAGCGCCUCCUUUUAUGUUGAAGAUGCCAACGCGACUCUUAGUAUCCUUGCUGGAGCCAAAUCCGGUGAGGCUAACAAAUGGUUCACUAAUUACCCUUAUAAACAACUUUUUACUGAUGGAAGCAUUCAAUUUGUUCGCAAAAUUCGACAAGUUGUGGACCAAAUAUCUUCUAGAUCUGGUAAACCCAGGCUGCUUGCCGUUGAUGCUGGCAACUGCGGCUAUGGAAUACACUUUGGUGAUGAUUCUGUAGCGUUUCUUGGUGAUGCGGAAUCACCCGGAGCACAUUUAGUAAUCAGUCGGCAUUUUGUGAAAGAUCGCGGAUGGAAAACGAUCCUCUCAGAUGUUUAUGUGAACUAUUCACUAUCUAUGUACGAUGGCGUUUUGCACCGUGCAAAUUCGUCUUUGGCUUUUGUGACCGCAUCUCCCAGCGAUCAGCGCCACGAUGACGCCAUCGCACUUGCUGCAACCUUUCUGUUACCCGGUGCGUUUUACAAGUGUUUUUUCACGAUUUGUCAGUUAUAUUCAACUCUAUUUUCCGCUAGUGAUAGAGAAAAACAGCAGCAAGUCACCGGGACUUUCGUAUCUACCACUACCACUGCCACUUAAUUACUGGUGGUUGCAUACUGGUUGAGGUGUUACUAGGUUGCCCGCCCCCCACAUAGGAAUGGACGUCCUCGCUGUAUACUCAACGCGCGCGCGACUGGUAGUAAUCGCGCGGCAGCGAAGCACCAUUACGGCGUACAGCUGAUACAUUAUUUUUUUCCACAUUACCUUACACAGCUUCAAACCAGUCUCCUGUUGGUUACAAGCCAGAUGUUUGAACCGCAUCACCACUAACAGCCAUGUUUUUUGGAUCAGUCGUUCUCACCAUACCUUUGAAUGCUCAUUUUCUGCAUUUUUAUUCAUUUUUGACUAUAUGUAUGUCUUCCGCCAAGCCUCUACAAUAAUUCACUUCUUUUCCGAGAUAUUGCUUUGUUUUAGUUACUUCACGAAAUACCACCUAGUUUAUGUUCCAUUUGAUGCUGUUUCAUUUUCGCUACGGCUCUGCUCGUACAUUUGUCCGUAUUUGGCUCGGUGGAAGAAGAAUGAUGUAUACUAUCGAUCUCAUCUUGACUCUAGAUGUACCCACAGCACCAUCUUUAGCUUACACUUGCUUUGUCUAAUACAUUUAUAAUUUUCCCUGAACGGUUGCUUUGUUCUUCUGAUUUUUCCCAGGUACCACGGUCUUAUACUACGGAUCUGAAUUGUUGAUACAACUGCGGCCGGUUACGGUUCCGCCAACAGACUUUUACCCAAAAGGAAAAUCGCCCUUCCCAAACCUAUCCGAAAGGGACAGUGCACUCACUUCUCAUCUCCCGAUGCCAUGGGAUCGGUCAGGAGUUGGUUUCUCCAGGGCAGUCUUUAACAGUUCUUUUGCAACAUACAUGAAGCAAUUCGACCCACUCGAAACCGUUGAGUCAGCUUCCGCCUUCGGGCGCGGCGAAACUGGGCUCUCAAUGGUGCAACAAUUGGUGAAACUCCGUCAAAACCCAAGUCUGUUGUGGGGCGAGUUCAAGUUAUUGCAAGUCGAUCGGGCGGUCGACCCAAAGCUUGUCGAGUUAUUUGUGCGAAAAGCCGAAGGAUACCCAGCCUUCAUAGUCGCGUUCAUCAGGGCCACUCCCGGUUUCGGCUCAGUGUUCAGUUUCGCUGAUGUCUGCAGUCAAGUCACCCUUCGAUUCAAGCAUCCAGCAACCGGUCCUACCUUCGAACUGAACAAGUUUGUCGACAGCAGCCGUAUCUAUCUCAGUACGGAUGUUGAGCCCGCAAUCUAUGUCUUCGAGUGUCUAGCAAACUAGAUCGUUUUGUCCCAGCUCACCCCAACCCCGAAACUCAGUGGAUUAGCUUAGCUUGCCACAUUUUCGAUUUUAAUAAACUUUUACGGACC